CCUACGUUUUCUCUUGCAGAUGGGGCUCAGCUGAACAAGCCCUCGUCUUGAAUCCCGUCGUAUACACCACCAUGCGGGAACCGGGCUGGACCUACCAGAAGCUGCAGCAACAGCCUGGGCAGCCCUGAGCAGAAACAACGAGUUCUGUCCUCUUCUCGGGGAUGAUUUAAAGAUAAAAUAAGCUGCUCUGUUAACAGCCGGUUUAUCAGUCAUGAAACGAAUCCUUCUGGUUUUUAUCCUGGCUGCUGCUGUUAUGUAUGGUAUCCUGCAUGGAAAUCUGUGGAGAAAUAACUUCUACUGGCUUAGUUUUUAUGGACAGACUUCCUCUGUGAGGGCUUCUCCUUCCUAUGUGACUAGUGGAGUUACAAUCAGUUACAAUCAGCUGCCACCUAUGGCUGUAGAGAGGAGGAAUGCAUUGGACACUUGUAUUCUGAAACCAGCAUUUGAAUCUUUACUGGGUGUUGACAAAAUAUACCCCUUCCUGUGCGCUAAUGAUUUUAUCAGAGUGGCAGAGUUCCAAGGGAGCAAUAAGUUUGAACUACCUUAUGGAAUAAAGAGAGCAGAGCAAUUUUUUCGUUUAGCCCUUUCAAGACUGCAGAACUGUGGCCUUUCCAGUGAAGAAGACAGCAUUCCCUGUCGACGGUGCGUUGUGGUUGGUAAUGGAGGAGUACUUCGAAAUAAGACAUUAGGGGAGAAAAUUGACUCGUAUGAUGUCAUAAUAAGAAUGAAUAAUGGCCCUGUGAUAGGGUACGAAGAGGAUGUUGGGAGGAGGACGACUUUCCGCCUUUCUUACCCCGAAUCUAUCUUCUCAGAUCCCAUCCACUACGACCCCAAUACCACUGUUGUUCUCAUCGUCUUCAAACCACGGGACUUGAAGUGGCUUUGGGAGAUACUUGGUGGUCAGAAAAUAAGCGCAAAAGGCUUUUGGAAGAAACCAGCUCUGAAUAUGAUCUAUAAAUCGAGUCAAAUCAGGAUUCUUGAUCCCAGCAUCACCAGGAAAACUGCUUAUGAGUGGCUUCAUUUCCCAACAAGGUUUCCUAAGAAGGAGAAACCCAAGCAUCCAACAACGGGGCUAAUUGCCAUUACACUGGCAUUUCACAUAUGCCAUGAAGUCCACCUGGCAGGCUUCAAGUAUGACUUCACUGACAGAAAUAGCUCUUUGCACUACUAUGGCAAUGAAACCAUGUCUCAGAUGAUGCAGAAUGAAUACCACAAUAUCACUGCCGAGCAGAAAUUUUUGAAGAAGCUUAUAGACAAGAACUUUGUGGUCAAUUUGACGUGAAACCUGAAUGGAAAAUACAAAGAAAAAUCACUAUUUUCAAGAUCUGAAAAAUUUUUAUUUUUUGUAUGACAUUUUUAUUUUUUAAGUGCAGCAUAACUGUUUACUGUUUAAAGGAGUCCAGAAAUCUCAUCAAGGCAAAAGCGUCUAAGCCUGAGGAUAAUGGACUGUUGCAAACAGAGUUAACUGAAUUUCUGUGAAGCUAUUUAAUAGUGGGAAAACCAUGAAACUUUCAACUGAAAGUAUCAGGGAUAUAUAAAAAUGUGAUGUACAUCACUUACUUAUCAGUGAGAACUCUUUCCAAAUGAUUAAUUCUCUGGAAUACUCUUGUUUCUGAUGUCCUCCAAAAGAGUUCCACUGUCAUGAGACUGAGAUGACCAGUGUUCAGUCAGUAGGUGGCUGUAAAGUUGUGACUAUCUGUCUUGUUGUAUGAAAAUUACUUUUAAAAACUAUGCAUCUAAAUCAUUACUGUGUGUUUUGGAGAAGGGGGAAACAUACAGACUGUACAAGUUUUGUUCUGCUAUACUCCUGAGGAGAGCGUGUCCACCUUCAGCCAAGCAGCCACAGCUUCUGCACUGACCAUCAACUCUGACCUUCUGUCUGUCUUCACCUCUGAAGGUGAAGAACCUUUGUCCGAUUUGUGGAGAUGUCGGUGUUGACAAUGCUUGUGUUGUACCCAUUUUAUGGAAAAAUCAUACUCCCUGUGCUGUGCAUCCAGUAAAUAUUACAGUUGAGGACUUGAGUUAAAAAAGAGGGAAUAGGAAGACUGAAGAACUGUCCGAACUACCUGCGUGUCAGCCCCCGGACCACAACAGAAACACAAGCUUGGACAGAGAUGUUCAUGCCUGAGUUUAGAGUCAAUGUUUGUUGGAGUCCUAGUUCUCCAGGACAGCAUCUAUUUUUUUUUUUUUUU